AAAAAAAAAAAAAAAAAAAAAGUCUGACAUCAAUCAGAUAACGUCCGGUAAUUCUCCUCCCCGAUCUUGCACCACCAUCAUCACCACCAUGAACAACAAAGACAGUCGCAUUGUCAUCGUAGGGGCGGGCGUGUUUGGUCUGGCGGCCGCCCGUCAACUGGCGUUGGAGGGAUAUCGCCAGGUGCUGGUGCUGGAUCGCUCGCUGCCCCCCGUGGCCGAUGGCUCCAGCUCCGACAUCUCACGCAUGAUCCGCUUCGACUAUGCGGACGAUGACUAUCUGCGCAUCUCCCAUGAGGCCUAUCUGGAGUGGACCAAGCCCCGGUACCAGGGCAUCUUCUAUCCCGCCCCCUUCAUCCUGACGGGCAACACCAGUGCCCACGGCCAGGCCUGGAUUGCCAGCACCACCGCAGCCCUAACCCGCCGGCAGUUGCCCUUCACCCGGCUCGACGAUGUCCACGCCACCAAGCAGAUCCACCCCGUCCUCAGUGGCGCGUUGGCCGCUCCCCCGUUCAAUGGCUAUCUCAACACCCAGGCCGGCUGGGCCGAUGCCAACAAGGCCAUCACGCAGAUUCGGGACGACUGUAUCGAGCUGGGAGUCUCAUUUGUGUGCGGUCGCAGAGGCACGGUGGUCGGCUUGGAGACCGAUGCCGCCCACGAGAUCAAGGCCGUGCGGACGCUGGUCGGCAGUCCCAUCGAGGGCGACUGCUUCCUCCUCACGGCCGGGGCCUGGGCCUCGAGCCUGGUCCCCAUGUAUAAUUCCACCCUGACCACCGGACAGGUCGUCGCCUAUCUGCGCCUGACCCCGGAGGAACUGGCCAAGUACAAGGACCUCCCCAUGUAUGCCAACUUCUCCACGGGUUGGUUCAAUUUCCCCCCUCAUGAGGAGACGGGCAUCCUCAAAUUCGCCGUCCACGGAUGGGGCUACACCCGCACGCCGGGCCAGGAGGAAGUCCUUUCCAACCAGGCGAAUGUCUCGGCGCCCCCCCUGAUUCCGCCCCGCGAGCGCCGCAACUUCGUGCCCGCCGAUGGGGAGGUCCGGUUGCGCGACGGAUUGCGCGAGAUUCUCCCCGAGCUGGCCGAUCGACCCUUCGAGAAGCUGGCCCUGUGUUGGUACACCGAUACGCCCACCGGGGACUUCAUCAUGGACUACCACCCCGACUACAAGAAUCUGUUUAUUGGGGGAGCGGGCAGUGGACAGUAAGUUCAGGGCUAUUCAAGCACGAACAUCACCGGGGAAUUAGGUUUCGGCUGACCAUCUCCACUAGUGGAUUCAAGUUCCUCCCCGUCCUGGGCGAGUACCUGUCGCUGGCGUUGAGGAAGGGGCUGCCGAAGGAUCUGGCGCAGAAAUGGAGAUUUCGAACCGAUUACGCCACACGCGAUGAUGUCUUCUUGGGAGACGGCAGUCGAGGCGGACCUGUUCGUCGUGAAUUGAAUCCCCAGGAGAGGGCGAAACUGUAGGGGAUGUCUUGUCGUUUGUUGUAAGUUGAGCACGUAUGUCAAAUAUCUCGUGCGUCUGUGAACCGAAGCUUCUAAAGUGCGAACA